AUGUCUUAUCACAAUCAGUACCCAGGACAAGGACCACCAGGUUACAAUCCUUAUGGCCAACAAUAUCCUCAACAGUAUCCUGGUCCACCACCACCAAUGGUGCAUCAAGGACCGCCA